UGUGGCAUAAGUAAAAUUUUUUAAAGUGGACAACUAAAAAAAAGCCCAAGAAGGUCUUCAUUUUCCUAAAUGAUUUUCGGGCAAAAACAGAAGAAGUAAUGUUUCUGAAUGCUGAAUAGCAGCUGAAAAAAAAUAAAUAGAUUCUUGGAAUUGGGUUGAGAAGCUGUUGAGGCUGGUGGCGUUGGUAUCUGACAUUGAAAUAUUUCAAUUUUGGUUUGUUGGAAGAUAAUUAUAAUGGAGUGUGCAGAGCAGAAAAGAUGCCAAGAAUUGGCCAAAUCAUCAUCUUUCUACCGCAGGAUAUAUUCAGAGGUAGAGGAGAUAGGAUGGGAGCACCUUGUUAGAUUUGGGAAAGACCUAAGACUUCUCAGCUUUCGGAUCAAGGACAAGAAGGGAAGAGUGCACAUUCUGCAGAUAACUUUGGAUGGAACAUAUCCUAACCAUCCGCCUUCAUUAUCAGCGGAUGUGCCUUAUCUCUUCAAUUUGAAAUGGUCAAUUAACUCAAGACUGAAAGAUGUUAUCCAACAGUUUCAGAAGCAUCUUGAGAAGCUUCAGGACUUUUGGAAUCUAAUGGAUGACAUUGACCACUCUCUUUUGGUUUCUGAUCUACGAUAUCCUCAACGUGCUUUGUCACAUCGCCAACUUAAUAUAAGUAAUGACAGCUACAUCAUAUUGUCUAUAGAUGCUAAUGAUCCGACAUCCCUACCAGACUGUCGCUUUCUAGGUUCUGAUUCAGGGGUGGAGAGAUUGAGGGCGAUGUGGAGGAAAAACUGCAAAAGAUGGAUGAGAGACAAGCAUUUUUCCGAGAAUCUUGCACACGUGUUGGAUAUUCAACUUCAUGGACCUUCAAGCAUUCAGAAAACUGAUCCACAAACUGAAUGUGGCAUUUGUUAUGCACAAAAUCUUCCAAUUGAUGAUGAACUUGGUGAUAAGAGUGGAAGUGGCACUGAUUGUACAUGUGAAAAUAACAGCUGCAGUAGGGCCUUCCAUAGUAUUUGCCUUGAAGAUUGGCUCCGUUCCAUCACAACAACAAGGCAGUCGUUUGAUGUUCUGUUUGGCAAUUGUCCAUAUUGUUCUGAUCCAAUUGCUGUCAAAAUGAAUACUAGAAAGUAAAGCCUAUUUCUCAGUCUCAGCCACAUUUGCAUUCCUUAGCCGCAGUGUAUUUAGUAAUGCUUGUAUAAGUUAUGCUUUCAGUAAUUGCAGAAUAGUCCUCGCAAUGAACUAGCCACGUGUCGUACUACAUGUUAGAAUAAGGUGUCCAUUUGUCCUUUCAUAAUUAGCCGGAUUGUACCGAUGAGAACUUAUCGAAUAUAUGAAAAACUAGGAACUUCUCUCCUUCUCUCUCUUUUA